GGGUGAGGCAGGGGACCGAGAGAGCCCUUUUCUGCCCCUUGGGGAAACGAGUGACCGAACCUUAGAGUAGCUUGGAGAGGCAGUAGGUGAAAGAGCAAAUAAAACUGGGAUGAAGUGGAUGAAAGUGUGGCUCGGUAGCACGGCAGCAAGGGAGGUGCCAUGGCCUUGAUUGAAGGGGUGGGUGAUGAGGUGACCGUGCUUUUCGCGGUGCUCACCUGCCUCCUGGUGCUGGCCCUCGCCUGGGUCUCAACACACACCUCGGAGGGCACUGACACCCUGCUCCAGCCGGCAAGGACUCCACCGCCCGCCCAGCCCAGUGAAGCCGUGGCAGCCAUGGACAGCGGCAGAGGGGAGUCCCCUGGGGCUGAUACCUGCAGCCUGAGACACAGAGGUCAAGCCACACAACCAGAACCCGGCCCAGGAGUCACAGCAACAGCACCACCAGCCCCGGACUCCCCCCAGGAGCCCCUAGUGCUCCGCCUGAAAUUCCUCAAUGACUCUGAGCAGGUGGCCAGGGCCUGGCCCCAUGACACCAUCGGCUCCUUGAAAAGGACCCAGUUUCCCGGCCGGGAGCAGCAGGUGCGCCUCAUCUACCAAGGCCAGCUGCUAGGAGACGACAGCCAGACACUGGGCAGCCUUCACCUCCCUCCCAACUGUGUUCUCCACUGCCACGUGUCCACGAGGGUCGGUCCCCAGCAUCCCCCCUGCCCACCGGGGUCAGAGCCAGGCCCCUCCGGGCUGGAAAUCGGCAGCCUGCUGCUGCCGCUCCUGCUGCUGCUGCUGCUCCUGCUCUGGUACUGCCAGAUCCAGUACCGGUCCUUCUUUCCCCUGACCGCCACCCUGGGCCUGGCGGGCUUCACCCUGCUCCUCAGCCUCCUAGCCUUUGCCAUGUACCGGCCGUAGUGCCUCCUCGGGCCCUUGGCAGCACGGCCGGCCCGUCGGGACCUCGCUCCCCGCAGCGCGGCGGGCGCUGCUGCCUGCCCAGGCCGGCCUCGCCCGCCUGCCUCUUCCCCCUGCCCUGGAGCCCAGCCUUGCGCCACCGGGGCCUGCGCGGGCUGGCGGAGGCCGGCCGCUGCGACCUCCACAGCCGCGGCUCCGGCCAGCCUUCCGGGGCUGCUGCUCCCCGGCCCACGCUGACAGUCAGCUCCUCGGGGCCGGGCACCUGCUGUCGCUGCCUUGGUCCUGGGCAGCGCGGGGCCACCGCCCUGGGCCCGUCUUAGUGUUCUGCCUGAGCGCCCAGCCACCCAUAGUCCCUGAGACGCAGAUUAGGGGACCCACAGACUGUGGGAGGCUGGCGGAGGGAGCUGGGAUCUAGAACACGUGCAGAUUAAAGAAACUGUGAAGUUUUCA